AUGAACUUUAAUGCGUCAAAGUGCAAAGUUCUGUCCAUAACACGCAAGGUCAAUCCAUUGCAUUUUCAGUACCAUAUGGAUUCUACUAAGUUACUUAGAGUAAACGAAGAAAAAGAUCUCGGGGUGAUCAUUACCGAGAAUUUGUCAUGGGAAUCACAUCUUACCUGCAUUUGUGCGAAAGCUAACAAAUUACUCGGUCUAUUAAAGCGAACAUGUAUUUCAAUUAUUGACAGUAGUGUUCGAAAGACUCUCUAUUUGACGUUGGUUAGGUCCAAGUUAAGUUAUGCGACUGAGGUUUGGUCUCCAGCAAGUUCCUUAUUGAAACAAAAGGCUGAGAAGAUUCAGAGACGUGCUACGAGAUGGAUCUUGCGCGUCAAAGCCGGUGAACUAUCCUACAAAGAGAGGCUUCAGCAACUGGAUAUGCUCCCUCUUGCGUACGAUCGCGAGGUCAAAGACUUAGUAUUUUUUUAUAAGGCUGUGAACGGAUAUAUUGACAUUGAUGUCUCAAAUUUUGUUAACUUUGUCAAUCAUGGACGGACACGUAGAGCAUUGAGAUCCAAAUACUUAGAAACUCCGUUGUGUAAAACUUGUACGUACAGUUCGUCGUAUUUUAAUCGUGUUGUCAAAUUAUGGAACAGUGUUUGUGUCUCGAUUGAUCCUUCCAGUUUUACAUCGCCAUCGUCUUUCAAACUAUACCUCAAGAUGAGGUAUAAGAAUAUUCUGGAAACAAUAUUUGAUCCGGACAUGACUUGCACCUGGUCACUUAAACGUGAUUGUGGUUGUCACAAAUAAUAAACUAACUUAACUAAUCAAAUUAAUGUGCAUGCAUAAUAUUAAUAUUUAUUUAUUAAGUAAAUAUGUUAUACAGGGUGCCCCAGAGGGGACCAAAGCUGUUGAGAUGGCGUGUUGCUUGGGAAUUGAAUUGCCUUAGCACUUUGCUGAACCUAUAAGUGCAUAAAAGCUUGACAAAAGUAAAUUUUACGAAUAAAGAAACUGUUUAAGAAGUUGCUUUAAAUUCCAAAGAGCAGAUAAUCAUGAGCUUACAAAGAUAUUUUAAUUUCUUCAAUACUCAUAUUAUAUGCAUCAUGUCGAUCAUAUUUACGUAUCUUUGCGUUCAGUUGGUGCUGGGGCGUUCGGAUUCUGGCAGUGCGUUGUUUCAGUGGGGUUUUUUUUUUCGGACACCCUGUACUGUAUAUAAAAGGUUUAUGUUAGGAAAAGGAGGGGCACCAUGCAAUGGACUUUACGUCCAGUUUGUGCCUUGUCCGUUUGAGUACAGCUCUUAAUUGUAUGUUAGAUAAAUAAUUGUUGAAUUAAUUUGUACUCAAUAAAGUUUAACAAACAAACAAAACAAAACAAAGAAAAUAUACUGAGGUCUGGAGUUAUUUACCUUGGAAUUUCAGAUCAUAGUUUGAUCUUUGCCGUGCGGAAAUUCAAACUCCAAACAUUUAGUCAAACAAACUCCGUAAUUUUAAACAUUUCUCAGUUGAUGACUUUUGCAGUGACUAAGUUCCCUGGGAUAUGAUAUUUACUCUUUAUAAUCCUAACGCAUGUCGGAUACUAUGGAAAUCGUUUUUCGAUGAAAUCCUAAAUAAACAUGUACCACUUUGCAAUAAACGAGUUAGAUCUAUAGACAAUCUCGCUGGAUUACACCAGCCAUUAAACAAUUAAUGCGUAACAGAGAUUUUCACAAAAAAACCCAUAAAAUUCAAUUCUAGAUAUCAUUGGAGUAAAUAUCAGAAUUUACGGAAUAAAGUAAAUAUAGAAAUGAAAUUAGCAAAAUCCCAUUUCUAUCAAUGCGAAAUUCAAAAUUGUUCUAGAUCGAGUGACCUUAAAAAAACCUGGUCGCUGAUCAAUUGUAUCUCGCUACCUUCGCUACCUAUAUUACCUAUACCCCCUAUAUGUAUGUGUGUACUUGUAUUUCGCUACCUUCGCUACCCAUAUUACCUACGCCCCCUAUAUGUAUGUGUGUACUUGUAUCUCGCUACCUUCGCUACCUUCGCUACCCAUAUUACCUACAUCCCCUAUAUGUAUGUGUGUACUUGUAUCUCGCUACCUUCGCUAUCUUCGCUACCUUCGCUACCCAUAUUACCUACGCCCCCUAUAUGUAUGUGUGUACUUGUAUCUCGCUACCUUUGCUACCCAUAUUACCUACACCCCUUAUAUGUAUGUGUGUACUUGUAUCUCGCUACCUUUGCUACCUUCGCUACCCAUAUUACCUACACCCCUUAUAUGUAUGUGUGUACUUGUAUCUCGCUAUCUUUGCUACCUUCGCUACCCAUAUUACCUACACCCCUUAUAUGUAUGUGUGUACUUGUAUCUCGCUACCUUUGCUACCUUCGCUACCCAUAUUACCUACACCCCUUAUAUGUACGUCUGUACUUGUAUCUCGCUACCUUCGCUACCUUCGCUACCCAUAUUACCUACGCCCCUUAUAUGUAUGUGUGUACUUGUAUCUCGCUACCUUUGCUACCUUCGCUACCCAUAUUACCUACACCCCUUAUAUGUAUGUGUGUACUUGUAUCUCGCUACCUUCGCUAUACCCAUAUUACUUACACCCCUAUAUGUACAUGUUUAUUAUAUUAAUUUAACCGACACCCCUUUUAGUCUAAUUCCAACAAAGGGUCUGACUUUCUUUCAUUUAAAUAUUCAGGCUAUCACAAAUAAAUUGGACCAAGUUAAGCUUAUGAUUUCUGAAUCCAUAAGGCAUAGGAAGAAAAGCAACAUUAUAUUUUGUUUCUCUGAAACUCAUUUAAAUUCUAACUGGUCUGAUGACGAAUUGCAAAUUAGAGAGUUCAACUUCAUUAGGAAGGACCGAACUUAUGCCUCAGGUGGAGGUAUUCUGAUUUAUAUUCCAGAAACAAUUAAUUUUCAAUAUUGCAAUGAUUUCUCGUUACAAGAAAAUAAUUAUCCGCUUGAACUUAUUUGGUUGGAAUUUAAGCAUCCUAAUUCAAAACCCUUCCUGAUGGCCAUUAUGUAUCAACCGGGAAAUAAUACUCUCUGGAGAGAUAACUUAAACUAUGUAUUAGACAUGGCUGACAAUGAACACAAAGAGAUAAUGAUGUUAGGAGACUUAAACACAAAUUUUCAAGAUAAACAUUCUUAUCAACAACUUCAUGUUCUAACAUCUCAGUAUCAGCUUAAACAACUUAUUGAUGCAGUUACCAGGCCAAUAUCAGGUAAAACAAUUGACCUUAUCUUUACCUCUAAGGAAGAUAAUGUUAUUAAAUCAGGCUUGCUAGAUAUUGGGAUGAGUGACCAUUUGCCAAUUUUUAUCUCUAGAAAAAUUAAUUCCAGGAUCUCAAUUAAACAAGGUUUACAUACAACGAUUAGUUAUCGCAGGAAGAAAGAUUUUAUUGCAAGUGAUUUUGACAAUGACCUUGUUGAAGAAAUCCCGUUAAGCCUUUAUGAAAUCUUUGAUGAUCCAAACGAUCUAUUAGACUGUUGGUACUCUCACUUUAUGAAAAUUUUGGAUAGGCAUACACCUUUAAUAAAACGUAGAGUCAGAAAUAAUAAACUGCCGGGGUGGUUUAAUUCUGAAGUACGUUGCUUUAGCCGCAAAAGAGACUUUUUCUUAAAGCAAUUUCUAAAAACCAAAAACUCUGACACAUGGUGUACCUACAAAAAAUGGAGAAAUAGAACUGUUCAUAUUAUUAAAAAGUCAAAAGAGGACUACUAUAAGAACCUCCUGACUGAUAAUGUACAUAAUCCACGACAAUUAUGGAAAAUUCUAAAAGAUAUCUUGCCGACCAAUGACACUGUCUCCCAAAUAACACUUAACAUUAAUGGCAAGGAGAUCAGUGAUCCUAUCGAGGUUGGCGAUCUCUUUAAUGAAUACUUCUUCUCUAUUGCAGACAACUUUGAUAUCAGUUUACUAAACAACCCAAUUAAUACUCAUUUACCAAUUGCAACAAAUCAUAUUAAGUUUACAAUUCCACUGAUAACAAUCGAUGACAUACUAAAUCUUGCAGCCGAAUUAGACCAGAACAAGUCAACCAGUCUUGAUGGUAUUCCUGCCUACUUCAUUAAGUCCUCGAUUCAUUCCAUUGCACCCAUAAUACUUCGCAUUUGUAAUAUGAACAUUGAAAAUGGCGUCUUUCCCAACAUGUGCAGAAAGCUAGACUGAUUCCAAUCUAUAAAGCUGAAACACGUACUGAGAGAAACAAUUACAGGCCCAUUUCUAUAUUACCGAUUCUAUCUAAACUCCUCGAACGACAUGUUGCCAACUCAUAUGUAAAAUUCCCCACAGAAAAUGAUAUUCUAUCAAGUUGCCAGCAUGGUUUUCGAGCCCAUCACUCUUGUGAAUCUACUCUAAUAUUGAUCUGUGAACACCUUCUCGAUAACAUUGAGCAAGGUUUAAUUAAUGGUAUAGCUCUAAUUGACCUCUUCAAAGCGUUUGACUUGGUCGAUCAUAGAUUGCUACUGCAGAAAUUAGAACAAUAUGGCAUUACUCCAAUAGCUUUAAAAUGGUUUAAAUCGUAUCUAAAUGAUCGUUACCAAGUAGUACAAAUUGCAUCAUUCCUAUCCAACCCAGCUCUGAUAAAGCCUGGUGUGCCUCAAGGAUCUAUACUAGGACCAAUUCUCUUUCUUAUCUUUAUUAACGAUUUACCCAGUUACGUUGGAAGUUCUAAGCCUUUUUUAUUUGCCGAUGACUCUACACCAAUAUCCUCCGGAUCGGACCUUCACGAACUUAGUGUCUCUCCAAA